ACAUAGGGGCUGGCGGCGACGCAGCCACGCCACAGUGCUCGGAGCACGCGACGGGACAGGACGGGACAGAGCGGUGCCGUGAGGAGCCCCCGCACAGCGCACUCGUUCCUUGCCGACCCGGAGCUUUUCCGAAGCGUUAUUCCUGCAGGUGACCUCGAGGCCAGACCACAGGACUUGGUGACCUGUGGCCUUCUCGAGGCUUCUCUUUUGCAGGUGCCCUCGAGGGCAGACCGUGGGACUUGGUGCCCCGGAGCUUUUCCGAGGUAUCUCCCAUCCCUGUGGCCGGUGCCCUCAAGGCCAGACCGUUGGCUUAGCUGACCACAAUCCUUGACGAGGAGUCUCCUGUCCUUGUGGCAGGAGCCCUCUGAGACCAGGGUGCAGGACUUGCUGUCCUGUAGCCUUCCUGAGGUUUCUCUGCUGCUGGUGCCUUCAAGGCACAAGCGCAGGACUUGUUCACUCAGAGCUUUCCCAAGGAAUCUCUCUUGAAGGUGCCCUCGAGGCCACACUGUGGCAUGGCGGGCAGAUUCCGUCGCCUGUUCAAAGUGCUCAGGAGGAAAAAAGGCCCUGGAGCUGCCCCAGCACAACAGCCCGAAGAGCUGGAGCAGUUCCAGCCACGGCAGGACGAUGCAGCCCUGGACCGGACACAAGAGCAGGACCGUGCCCACGGCCGCUUCCGGAGAACAGUGCAGAUGUUCCGGAAGUUCAUGUGCAUUCGGCGUGGAAAGACCAGCACCACAGCAACUGAGGGCACAGCUGAGCCUGACUCUGGGCUGACCGAGCUCCAGGCAGAGCCUGAUGUCAGCACAGAUAUCACUGCACCCUCAGAAGACUCUGACAGUCCAAUGAAUGAUCACACAGCGAAGACUGACAGGGCAGUGACUGAGGACAUGGCCAUCACAAACACUGACACCGGAGAGACUCAGGGCAUCCCAAAUACUGACACUAUGCCCAUUCCCACUGGGAUUCAUGCUCCCAAACUGGAUUUUUUUGAAGAGAGUGCUGCUUCUCCUCAGCAGCAGGUGCCAGCCAUGGUGAGGAACAUUCACCAGAGACUCGGGUCCCAUGUCACUGUGGAUGCCUGGCUGCAAAUUGACAUUCUGAGGCUGGCUGAAGAGCACCCCGCUGAUGUGGUGCUGACCCUCCUGCGCUGUGCCCCAUCGUGCGACAGGUACGGGGCCCAGCUGCCUUGA